AUGGAUGGGCCAGAUGAUGUGAUGGAUCCGCAGGGUGGCGACAAAGUGCCUGAUGUGCCCAACAAUCCUUCGCUUGCCGCCAGGGUUCCGCCACAUGAUGAGAUUGAACGCAUCGAAGACCCGGUUCUCGAAUACGACAGUCCAGCAGAGCCAAGCGGCUCCCGUCAGAAGCCCGCUCCGGCCCAGAACUUUGACAAAUUCGUCCAGCGGGUCAACGCCCUCAUUCGCGAAACGCCUAGGUCGGCUGCUGCCAACCCUUUGGACUACAGCGAGUUGGCCGCUUUUCUGAAGAGCAACGAAGAUCUGCUGUUGAAGCGCGCUGGCGAUCUGGAGGCGUAUUUGACGGAAUGCGACUCCGCAACGCAUGGAGCUCCAAUUAUCUACGCUCUAUAUAUCAUGUACGAGUCCGGCGAAAAGAAAAACAGUUCGGCGGUCAAGGAAAGAUGUUUUGAGAUCCUGUUCAACUACUUGUCGAGGAACAGUCUGCAGCGCGGCCAAGUGAUGGUUGUUAUCGAUAUUUAUGUGCGUCUCUUCCGCAAGGCCCACGAUUUUGUGCUCAGCACCAUGCGCUUGGACGCCGGGCUUGAAUUGAUGGCGCUAGGCAUCGAUUUAAUUGUCGACCGGGAGACGAAUACGCUGACCACUCUCCAUGGCUAUCUCUUCUACCUUGCCCUACAGGCACACAAGCCCGAGCGAGCCCUGCCAUAUCUUUUCAAAGUGAAGAACAUUUUGAACGAGAAUCUUGUCCGCCAAACGACCACCUCCAACGUCACAUUCUCCACCUCCCAGUCCAUCAUCGAGCCGAAAUCCGUGCUGAUGUAUUUGCGCUACGGCGGAGAAGUGGCCUUCGCCCUUGGCGAUUACAAGACGUCGGCUGCUUUCUACUACAGCCUCAUCACCUUCCCAUCGAAUGACGUCUCGCCGUUGAUGAUUGCUGGCCAUAGGCAUUGGGUCAUUCUCGAAAUCCUGCUCGACGAGGACACGCCGCUCCAUGCUCGCUCGGCUUGCAUGAGCAGGGCUUGGCGUCAGGAGGGUGUCUUGUACAAUCGCCUUGCUAGCGCUUCGAGGAUUGAUGACGCUCGGAAGGAAUUGGCUCGUAUUCGAUGCGGCAUCCACUGUCACCCGACUUACCUCACCCGCGUCAUGCGUAUCGGUGCUGGCCACGGCAGCUAUUAUGAUGACGAAGGCUUGAGCAUGAUUCCGCCGAUGGCCAAGGACGCUUUA